GCAAGAGCUCUCCUUCUUUUGCUUUUUUAAGACUUUUACUUACUUUUGUUAAUGUAAACAGGGCUGAGACUUAAGUAUUUGUUGUGUUGAAGUCUGAUCAAUUCUGUGAGGCUCCUCGGUGCCUGCCCGUACCCUGGGUGUUUGGUCAUCCCGAGUACAGGGAGAAGAACUGAAAGGAAAGAAAGGAGUUAAUUGACUCUGUUAAAUUCUCUGCAUAAUGAAUAAUUACACAGUAACCCUGAGCGGACCUGCCCCAUGGGGCUUCAGGCUGCAGGGAGGCAAAGACUUCAACAUGGCCCUGACCAUCUCCCGGAUCACACCAGGCAGCAAGGCAAGUGGAAAUCUCAGUCAAGGUGACAUCAUUACAGCAAUCGAUGGGGUCAGCACUGAGAGUAUGACCCAUCUAGAGGCCCAAAACAAGAUAAAGUCAGCUACCACCAAACUCACCCUCAACAUGCAGAGGUCGAGACGUCCACCUGCUGUUCCCACAGCCACUCCAAGAAUGGACUCUCCUAUGCCAGUUAUCCCUCACCAGAAGGUCAUUGCCAACACAGCUGCCACCCAAGAGUACGUUCCCAGCUUCAACCCCAUCGCACUGAAGGACUCGGCUUUGUCCACUCACAAGCCCAUCGAGGUGAAGGGACCUGGUGGAAAGGCUACUAUCAUCCAUGCCCAGUACAACACUCCUAUUAGUAUGUACUCUCAGGAUGCCAUUAUGGACGCCAUUGCUGGUCAGUCCCAAGCCAGAGGAAACGAAACGAGUGGAGAAGACUCCGCUGGAUCUCCCUUGGCAUCACUUCCUAUUAAAGACCCUCUUGUGGACAGUGCUUCUCCAGUUUACCAAGCUGUGAUCAAACCUGAUGAGAAGGAGGCUGAGAUGUCUGAAUGGGCCCGUCGUGCCGCCAACCUGCAGUCCAAGUCCUUUCGCAUCCUUGCUCAUAUCACAGGAACAGAAUAUUUGCAAGAUCCAGAUGAGGAGGCUCUUAGAAAAUCAAGGGAGAAGUUUGAAUCAGAGUUAAAAGGCCCACGAUUUGUCAAACUGAAAAACAGGCACCAUGGCCUGUCUGCACAGAUCCUUAACAUCCAGGGGUGAAUGCCAACAGAUGUUGGUAUACAGAGAUUAUUGAGGCAGCAAUCAACAAGGAAAGGGGAAGGUUGCAAUAGGCAGAAUUUUAGUGACUGGAAUGUGAGUUAUAAGAUAUAAUAUGUGAGAUAUAAACUAGCUUGUAAGUGAACACACAAAUAUCUCCUGUGUUUGAUGUUCAUAUGUCUUCUUAAUGUAACUUUCUGUUAACUUUUUGCUGAGUUGUCAUUUUUUUUUCAUUCUAUGUCUCUCUUUUGGCUGCUCUGUUAUUCUAAAUUAAUGCUGAAUAUUGAAUUGCUUGACUUAAUUGCUGAUGUUAAAAAAAUUUAACCUGAGAGGAAUUAUAAAAUAUAUGUACCACAUCCACUGCAAUGCACCACAGCACACAUUGAGAUACUAACCAAAUGUACUAUUGGAAAUGUGAAUAAAACAUUAUUACUUUUAACCAAAUAAACAAAAG